GUCAGCCAACAACGGCCAACAACUACUGUAACUGUUAGUGAGUGCGAGUUGUAGUGGGUGUACGGGGAAGGAUAGGGGGCUCAAAGUGAUAGUUUUAAUACUUUCUGAUACAAUUUGCGUGUGUUACAUAAAUAUAUUUGUCAUUUAUGUGUUCGUGUGUGAAAUGUGCUCGCAAAUGGUUUGGAAACCUCGUGUGAAUAAAAGUAAUCAAAAAUUUGUGCAUUACCGUUUAUGAGAACGUUUAAAUGGCAUGUAAAUUAAAAAUCGCGAAGUGCAUUUUAGAAUAGUGAAAAUGAACAUUCUACUAAGGACGUUUACACAUAGAAGAUGAUUACGGUCCGCGGUACUUUCUGGGCUGUAAUAUUGUUAAUUAUUCUAUCAAGUCUUCUGGAUGUGUCUGGUGAUUUUGAUUUAAAACUGACAAGAAUUGAAGAUGGAAAUAGUACUAUUGAAAAUGCCAUUUUAGAAAUAAAUUCAGAAGUUCAUAAAUCACAGAAAAUUGUGGUUGAUGCCUUGAGAAAUGACAUCCCUGCAUCAGAGAGGGAUAAAAAUGGAAAGAAGGUGGCUGAAAUCCACUCAAGCUUUGGAGAAACCCUCUCUCCUCACACUGACUUCAAAUCAGAGAUCUCCCACCGUAAAGGCACAAAUGCUGCUCCAUCAGUCUCCCAAGUUGAUGUUUCAAAUCGCAUAUCGGAGACGGGCCAAGCGGUGGUGGUCACCCUGGUGGACUCCGCGUCCAUCGAGCUGCAGAACCGCGCGUCGCCAACGCUGGCGCGCGACGACGGCGCCGUCAACAGC